ACCAAACAUGACUAUGUCAUCUGUAUAUUCCAUGUAAACAAGUGAAUCUUCUAGUCGGAAAUCCAUUCUUGAAAAGUUGGACGUAUACAUUGACUACAUACAGUCAAAGUCAAUAGGAUCUAUUCUACCUAACUGAUUCUUCAUAUUCGUUACUUCAAUCAUCGAUAUGGCUUAACAUUUUAUGUAAUGGACCAAAAUAAUUCUUAGUUGUCAAUGAUAUUCUAGCUAACAUAAUUCAAAUAAAGCAAUAACAAAUAUUGAUGCAGAACAGUAUGAAUUCAUAAUAUUUCGAGGUUUCUCGUCAGCUGCUUACAACCAAAUAUGCAAUAGAAUUUUACAUUGAGAUGAUUCAACAGUAUAAACCGUGAAAAUCUAGAAAUCUCCACAAAACCUCCUCACAUUAAUUCCGAAUUUUUAAAUGCUAAUCAUGUAUAUAUAUAUAUAACCAGUUAGAAGCAAUUAGUUUGAAGGUGAUUAAUUUUCACUUAUUUUUAUUUAUCACUUUUACAGCAUAAUUAAGUGGUCAACAUUUUGCCUUGUACUACUAUCCAAUUGAAAAUUAUUAUCUCUAUGAUAAAUGAUUUAUUCCUUUUAAAUUAAUAUAUGUGUCUAAUUGUAAACAUCAGCCAAUUUAAAAACGUUAACACCAUUAUUUUUUGUUGUUGGGUCAUUCAUUGUUUAUCAUUCAAUAAAAUUUUGUUGCUCUCUCUCUCUCUCACUCACUACUUUACAAAACUAAUCACUAAUCCUUAGAAGAUAAUAAGAUAUUGACUCAAAUCUUAUUGGUUCAAGAUGUUCUGAAGGAAUAGACAUUUGAUGUAUUAAACUUAAGAAGUAGUAGUUACUCAACCUAUUUGAUAAUGAUCUAUUAUUAAUUUAUGCAUUACUAUCAUCAUUACCGAACACAAUGGAUAAACUCAUACACAUACAUUCUAAUUUGUUAGUUGUGUCUGUCUGUUUAUCCAUCAAUCUAUCAAUCUAUCUAUCUAUUUACUUAUUCAUCCAUUCAUCAUUAGAUCCACGUGCCCGUUUACCUUAUUAAAUCAAAAGAAGAAAAAAAAAGAUAACAAUUUUAAAUAACUUCAGUGAAGAAGUCGAAGUGUUCAAUUGGAAUUAAAUCAUGAGUAAUCAUCAGGAUAGUGCAAAAAUCAAAUCAACUGAUAUGCCAGAAUCUAUGCAAUCUAUAGCUGUUGAUUGUUGUGCAGCAGCAUGUGAACGUUUUACAGAUGAUAGAGAUAUAGCUAAAUAUAUUAAACAAGAAUUUGAUAAACGUUAUGGUGGAACAUGGCAAUGUGUAGUUGGUAAACGUUUUGGUUGUUGGGUUAAUACAUAUUUAUCAAUGUGAAUGGUUGUAUUGUUUAUAUAAUUAAAUUGUGUUUGUGUAUGUGACGAAUUGUUUCCAUUAAUGUUAUGUAAGCAAUUAGUAAAAAUCCUUAAGUAGUAAGAUGUGUACUUCACUUUGGUUGAAGCAUCUCUACUAGUUCUUAUCAUUUAUUAUUUCAGGGAUUCAGAUUUAAAAAUUAUAUGUUAAGUAGUGAGUACAUUAGAUUUUAAAGAUCUCAAAAACUGGUAAUUAGUUUUCGAUAUUAUAAGUAUAUAGGUUAAAUAGAAAAACUAAAUAUAAUGUAAUACAAGAUAAGGUAUUACAACUUUACAAAGAGAAGUAAGAUGGAUUUUUGAACAUGAUACCUAACGAGAACGGUACUUAUAAUAAAAAAGCAAUCGGAUUUUGAUAAUCAAUUUUAAGUGAUAUUUUUUUAUAGCAUGAAAGGAAUUACAUUUGUUUAAAACCUUGGUUCUCGUCCAUUCCUGGAUCUCAGUCUAAGAUUAUGGAACGGAACUUUUUACAUCCUAUUAGCCUAUUUAUAGGACUAGUUCAUACAAGUUAAUUACUUAGUAUCAAGUAAUUUACUUCUAAUUGAAUUACUUUGAUGAGUUUUUCAGUGUAUCUAUCAGUCACUAAAUCCCUAUUGCUAUAGUACAGUAAGUUUUCACAUUAGAAACUCCUGCCUUCCUAAAAAUUAGAUACCAAUCAGUAACAUUGAAUAGUGACUUACGGUGCAAUCUAGAACUCGUGUUUCGUCAUAUUUAAGGCUUAAUUAUGACAAUAUUGGGUCAAUCCAAGUAGGAUAUACACAUCCGAAAAGAGACUGGUCAAUUCCAACAACACGUAAAUUCAAACUCCUGCUUUGGUUAUUUUCUAAAAAUCAAUUAUCCAAAGUGAUUUGAUGGCUUGUGGUUUACUCAUUAUUAUUAUGCUAUAAUAAUGUUUCUCACCAAAUGUACAAAGCAUUGGGUACUUUCCAGUAAACUACGAAAAAAUUGGCCUGAAUUGAUCAAAAUAGAAAUAAUAACGUAUAGAAAAAUAUCAUCCACGUUGGUACACUUAACAUUAAUGCAAUGAGACUAUAUCCUCUACGAAGUAACAAUGAUUCCAUAGGUGGUAGAAGAGAACUCCACAUAGGAAUCUGAACGAAAUAAUCAACAAAUUAGAAAUGAAAAACAAAAAGCAAUUCCUUAAUAAGUAUAAACAAUUGUCAAUAGUCAGCUGGUUUUGGUAAAUUUGCUUCCUAUGGUCUGAAUACCUUAAUUGUAGAGGCUUCAUUAUUUUUCUUCCUGAGCCACAAAUCUUUGCCCUCCCAUCUAAACCAAAUAUGAUGAUAAUAUUCUUGGAAUUUUCAUCCCGAACUGACAUUAUUCAAUGAGACAUGGAUUAACGAGAGACACUGUACAGUCGUUUUGUUUAAGAUAAGGACUUCUUAGCAAUGCAAAUCUAUAACAUCACUGGAGACUGAACUUAAAGUUUUCAGUAUUUUAUGCGAGUACAUCAGUCUAUCGAUCCAUAUUUAUAACUUUAGGUAAUUCAUAAUUUAGCACAGUUUUUUUAAACUUCUACUUAAUCACAUUGGUAUAAUUAUAAUCAAUAAUUAUUGACUCAUGAGGUUACGGUUCUCUGUUGGCCGAUUGUGUAUUCCUAAGAAUUCUCAGUUUUAUUCAUUUUCAUAAUUCCAUUAGAGUGAAUUAUUCACUGAAUCCAGCUAUCUCAAUAUUUUUAUUAUAAUUUAUUCUUUGCAAUCGUAAAAGUAAUUAUUGUGACCGGAUAUGGAUGUAUUUAUUUAUAUCGGUUCAAUUGAUUUUAUCAAAUAUGAAUUGUAAUACUAUAUAAGUGAGGAUAUCUGUUUCGCGCAUCUAUGUAUGUUUGUGUGUAUCUGUAUAUACAGUGACUUGUGUAAAGGUUUACAUUACCUGCAUAUCUUUAUAUUUAUCUAAGUGCACUCCAAGAGGCUAGAUUUAAAGGUAGGCAUGCUGUACUGAUCAGUUAUUAUUCUGUUAUGAAGUUAAAUAAAUGAAUUUUUAAUGUAUGCAAGAUCGUGCGUUUCUAGCGGAGUAUCAUAGUUAAUCCUAUAUUUUCAUUUAUUUAUAACGAGCAUACGUCGCUUUCUAGAAAUUCUAAUUUCUACUCAUCUGGUCAUGACACAUGUAUCAUAAUUUCAUUACUAUUAACAGUCUGCCCAAUGCUCGAUUUAUUCCAAAUUAAGUCAAACCUUGGUAACGAUACUUAUAAGCAAAGUAUAUGUUUGUGACUGGUGAUUGAAUACAAAUGAUUUUAGAAUAAACAAUAAUUUCUUUAGGCAGUGAAUUUCAUUGUUGAAUAGUGAAUAUUCUCCAUUUGCUUGAUGUGGAUGUCCAAAAUUGGUGAACAAUAUCCUCAACAAACAUACUGAAAAUAGUCUGGACAAUUGUAGCCAAUGUAUCGAAAUAAUCCCCUCUUCACUUGUCUGAAUAACCUUCAAAUAUCUUGCAAAUCUCAUCUGAAACUUUAAAUAAAUUUGUUUUUUUUUUACGAUUUUAAUCUUAUGUUAAAUAUGUUACAGUUCAGAUAUUGGAAACGAAAUUUUCCAAUACUGGCUGAUUAUUACAUAUAAUAUCGUUUAGUUCCUCAUGUUUUUUAAAUACCUAGAACGAACUAUAUUUUAUCCUAUGGAUAAGCCAUUUUCAAAAACUGACAGAUUGGAAGCUUGCAUUCCAUAGUGUUCGACCGACAAUGAAGUCUUAACAAUAUCAAGGUGCCGAUUAAUGCAAAGAUUAAUAUAUGUGUUAAUUUAAAUGAGAGUGGUUUGGAGUAAAUGUUUAUAUUAUCGAGUCUCAUAGCCACAUCACUUCUCUUACAGAUGGUUUUGUAUAAAUGCAUAGUUCACAAUGAAAAAUUUAACAAUGAUUAGACAGUCAGUCAACAAGUAAAAAAGGAAAAAUAAUUUAAACAAUUCUCUACAACAAAUAUGUCAAAAAAGUGUUAAGAAAUCAAUAGGGGAUAGAAAAACGAUGAUUUUUCGCCUGUAAAAACGUGGUCUUCUAAGAAUAAAUAGGGUUUUUCAGACGGCGAGUUUAACCAUAUCAAGGUAUCAAUCCUCAUAUGUAUUAUUAUCGAAGUAUCCGAUUUUCGGAAAAAAAUUAUUUAUUUCUUUGGUACAGUGCAUUGGGCUUCAUAGACAUAACAACAUUGUCUGGUAAUUCUAUAUUUAUAUACACAUUUAUUCUUAUUCAACACUUUUGAGUACCUAACUUCUUAAAUGUGAAGAGAAAAAGGCAACAUUAAAUAGGUUUAUAAAUGGAAAGUAUUCAUUUUGUCAUAAAACUAGAAAGUGAAAAGAUCAUUUCAUCGGUGAUUUCAUUUUCAAAAGGUCACAAUCAGUAAAACGUACUCAACUCGUUCACAGUGAUGGUCUACAGUACGUUUAUUUAUUCAUCACAUUUAAUAACAAGGAAGCAUAAAACCGGGCAAAAAAUCAAAUAUUAUAAUUCUCAUUAAAAACGCUUAAAAUGGGGUUGCUAUAGAGAUUGGAUAUAUUAACCAUAGAAGUUCUAGUAACGAGAUAAAGAUUAAUAGUAACAAAAGUUGAUAAGAUAGGUUUAAAAAAAGAAUACUCAGAAAAUCCAAAAAUAAUCAGGAUUAGAUUGGUUUGAGGUGUGAGUUCCUUUUUGUAGAGUAAAAAAUAGCUGGUAAUUUGAAAAGGGAAAAAAAUCUACAGAGGUACUUAACUGUACAGACUUUUGUGUGUGCGUUUGUGAGAGGAGCUUCAGCACUACAAAAAAAGUGAAAGCGGACGACUUAGAGAAUGGGAGUACCUUAAAGAAAUUUCUAAACUGAACUAUUCAUUUCUGCUAUAUAACUUCGAAAGAAAUUAUUGAUUUAUAAAAAUUAACAGUUUCCUGUAAAGCGAUGCAAAAUAAAUAGGAUAAAUGAAACGAGCCUUUAGCUACUACACAUAAUUUUCAUUUCACUUAGAUCCUAUGAAACAUUUUACCUGUCCGAACAUCUCAGUAACAAUUUAAUUUGAUUUCAAAAAAUCCAGAACGACAAUAAUUGGAGAUAUUAAUAUUCAUACUUAAAAUAGCCUGAAUAAAAACCACUGUGAUAAAAUUUAAAACUGACUGGUUGUUCUUUGUGUAAUCUAGUAAACUGUAUAUUAUUUACUAUAUUUAACUAUAUUUAAAUCAAUCAUGAACCACUGAAUUAGGCAGAGAUGGAUGGUGGCUAGCAAUGGAAUCUAGGACGCAUGUUUCGUCCUAUUUGGUAUGCAUCAGCUGGCAAAUUAAGGAGAUUAAUAUGAUUGAAGUGGUCUGUAUUUCUAAUGGAAUUAUUUUUAAACUCAUGAAAACACAUUGUUGCUUCUUGAAUAAUUUUCAAUUUAUAAUGAACUUCAAAUUAAAUAGAUCCGUAAUUAAGUAAUGGAAUACUCAAAAUGAGAUAACGGCAAUAUUUCUAGCUCAGGAUAAGGAUUUGAAUAUGUUAUCUGAGCUACAUGGUUUGCUAGUAAAGCUUUCAUUGUCUUUCACGACAACAAUAUCAUCACACAGUCAGUCAGUUAGUAACAAUGUAGAACUUCGUACGUACGUACAU